AUGCUAGUGCCAUCCAUCACUUGUACUCGAGAAUUAAAUAAAAUUCCUGAAUUUCAAACUUAGCCACCUCUACUUCUAAAUAUCAAUUGAAAAAAGAGUAACCAAAUCAAGAACGCCCAAAAAAAUUCUGGGUAUUUCUUCAAUCUUGGAAGUCUCUAGCAGUAAUGGCUCGGAAGCAGAGUGAGUACGAACCAAACCAUUGGUUCUGUGUGAUCCUCCUCUUGAUGUGUUUAGUUUCUUGUUCUGUGGUCUACAUGUUCAUGUCAGCAAUUUUCAGAUCAACUAGUGCGAAAAAUGAUUCUAAUUCCUCCGAAAAUGUGGGAAAGUUGGAAGUUGGCGAAAGUGUUGUUACUAAUGGUGGUGGGUGUUGUACAGGGAUUGAGAAUUUGGAGCUGUGGGGUGAUGCUGUUAAAUGGGGUUCAGAUUUCAAGUUCAAUUCUUCUGAAGAAUGUUGUAAAGCUUGUAAAUCAAUGUGUACGGGGAUUGAUGGACCUUGCCUUUGUGAUACCUGGGUUUUUUGUGGGAAUAAGCAUGCUUGUUGGGAGAAAUUUGGUGAGUGUUGGCUGAAGAAACAGAAGGAUACCUUGGCCCCUGUUAGUCAUGAAGCAGGAAGCAAAUUUAUGUGGACUACUGGCCUAAUCUUUGGACGAGGAGAGGGCAUUGUUGGCUUACAGACAGAAUAUGGUACUCUUCACAUCAAGCUUUUGCCUGAAUGUUCUCCACAAUCAGUAGCAUACAUAUUAGAGUUAUUAGCAUUGCGGCACUGUGCAGGCUGCCAUUUCUUUCGUGCAGAAAGUAGGGGUCAGUCCUGGGAUACAAAAGGAAACCAUGUAAAAGAUGCUUCAUUUGGCCCUCCAUUUGCUCUUAUCCAAGGAACUCUUGGAGUCGAAGGAAUGACAUUUAACAAAUUGCCCUCCGAGUACUGUCCAACCAUGAGAAAGGGUUCGGUAGCAUGGGUUGGCUCGGGUCCUGAAUUCUUUAUAAGCCUAGCUAAUCAUCAAGAAUGGAGAAACCUACACACCGUAUUUGGUUCAGUACUUCCAGAAGGCAUGGUUAUUGCAGACAAAAUUGCUCAACUUCCCACAAAAUCGGAUGUUUGGAAGAGCAUUAACGUGUCAGUUUUAGAAAAGAAAGUACCCUUCCGGUUUCAAAGAUUUCAGAUUAGUCAUGAUGAGCUAAAUUUUGGUGCUUAUUAAAAGAAAUCAAAGCGCUCUUGCUGCUGCUACUUGUAAGAUGCCAUAGGGUUUUUCGGUGCAGGUUUCACUCUUUUUACCCUUGUAACCAAGUUGGAACUUUGAAAGUUUUUCCAAGGUCUCGAGCGAGGAUAAUGCUGGAUUUACUGUUUUUACUUGCAGAUGCUGAAACAAUAUGCAUAACAGCAGAACGAGUUUUAGUGAAGUGUUGCAUUGCUUCUCUUUA